GGUUGAUAAACUGUGGCGAGAAGUUUGAGAAGAGUUCCUUGUAGGGGAGCUCGACAGUUGAGGGGAGCGGCCGUGUGAGCAAUGUGGUAUCUCGACACGAGGCAUGCAUAGCUGGGGAAGCCUGACCAUGAACGUGGUUGUCAUUCGAAGAGUACGUGACUUACUGAACGCAGUGCUGUUGGGCAACUCCUGUAAAGUAAGACGAAGUUGGAAGCAGCGGAGAAGAAGAGGGCAGAGCGAGAAGAAACGGUUAGAGGAAGAGAGACAGAGGCUAGAAGAAGCCAAACAAAGGGAGGAAGUUGAGAAGCGGCGGGCGCAAGCGAUUAUGGAAGCCAAUGCAUUGCAAGCAUUUGCCAAGCAGAUGACGGUGUUAGAGGAGAAAAUUAAAGACCAUGUGCACUCGACGUUAACUGCUUCGGAGGAGAAGAGUGCGAGGCUGCAUGAUAGCCUGUUGCGGUUCCUGGAGCGUACGGAGGGGGACGUACCAAGGAGGCCCAGAGUGGAGCCGUACCCGAACCCGAAGAGGAGACUGGACCUGGAUGAGUGUGAACGAGAGGUAAACGUUGUGGAAAGGAGCGAGGUCACGCCCACUACUAGGAGGAGGACAGUGGUCACAAGGAAAGGUAAAGAGCCAGCCUGCGCAGAGGGGAAGAGGAAAGGAGCAGUGGCGUCAUGCUCUAAGCAAGGGGUGAUUGACUUCAUCCUCGAGCUGCGGGAGAGCAUGCAAGCAAAGCAAGCACCCGAACUCAAGCAGUUGUGUAGGAUGAAGAAUAUCAGGUUCUCCCCUGCGCUGAACAUGGUCGGUCGUGGUGCAGGGACGAAGCAGAAAGCCAGACUCGGUAAAAAGGAGAGACAAAAGGCGGUAGCACCCAUGCCAAUGCAACGGAGAGGGCUCUUGUACAUCACACUUGUAAGGCAACCAAAGCGGUAUUUUAGCCUAGCGGAGCUCCUGGAGGACACGAUUGCUGCAGGAAUGAAGGCGGUGGAAAUCGUAUCAUCGGGGGGUGAGGUGUGGGGAGAAAAGUGGUCCGUCAUCCGGAGGACGUUUGGGACGUCGACCGUUGCCGUUGAAGAAGUGAAGUUACCCCUAGUGAGGACCAAGCAGCUCCUCGAACGAGGGGGCCCUUUCAGAGUGGCACCGAUAGUAAAAACUGAGAGUGCAAGGAGUAGAGGGAAAGGGUAUCUAAGGCUGUUGCUGGAGAUGUCAAGGAAGCAGGCAGAGUUGAAAUUCUUCGAUGUCACGAAGCUGGUCUUCUUAUACAUGUGUGCCAGGGAGUUCAAGACCAAGAGUACGAGGAGGACACUGAAAGAGAAGAUAGCUGCAGUGAUCAGGAAGAAGACUGGGGUGAAUAUCAGACUGAAGGUCAAUGUGAAAGUGAAGUAUAGCCACCAUCUGAAGAAGAGGAGGAUACAUGACACAGUGGUACUAUGUGUGGAGAAGAGUAGAGUUCAUCCGAUACUGACAACGGUGCUGCGGCGCUGGGUGAGAGUGGUGUGGAAGAAGAAUGGCACGGUCGAGCAGGUCUUAACCAACCAUCGGAAGGCGGCAAGGGAGGCUUCAGCGUACUGUACGUGUAGCCAGGAUCGACCGCCGAGAGUGGAUGGACAUGUGUUAGCACGUGUUGCGCAAUGCUCGAUGGUUCUUGGGUUUCUGCACAACGGGAAGAAUGUCUUGCAAAGUGAUGCUGGUACAAGACCAGCGGAGGUGCAGCGAGCAGUCGAAAAGUCCCUGGAAGCAGUCAUGAGGAGAGACCUGUUCCAGGUAGCAGACCCAAGUGUAUUCCAGGAUAUUAUAUCAAACCAUGUUGAAACUAGACAGGCUUGCCCGGAGGAAAAGGCGAGAGAGAUAGCGGCAAAGGUGAGCCACCUGGUGGUGGUCCCGGUUGACAGGAACCCGGGAGAUAUAGUGGUCAUGUGCCCUUCGACGUACCACCAUGGCCUCCAGAUGAUGUUCAAUCUAAAUGUUGCCUACCAGCAAGUCUCUGGGGUGUCCGAGACGGAGGUGCUAGCUCAAGUGAAGGCGGUGUUCAAAGAGCAAGCCCUCAAUAAGAUUGGCGCCUGGAACCCAGCGGCCAGGCUAGGCCAAACGUACGUCCUGCCGAAGCAUAAGGACCUGACGAGGUGGAGGCCCAUAGCGCCAACGAGAACGGAGGGAUCCAAGACGGCGGGGAGGAGACUAGCACGGGUACUUAACUUCCUGCUGGAGAGGGUCCCUAAAGCCAAGCACUUCAAUCUGAAGGCCACCGCGAUGCUGAAACAGAACUUGGAGAAGGCUGAAGAAAGGCUGAAUAUUUUUGGGGAUAGGACGAUGGCCCUGAUGGCGAGCUACGACAUCAAGGAGAUGUUCACAUCACUGCCACACGAGGCAGUUCGGCGAGCUGUCGAUUGGCUGCUGCAGCAGUGGGAGUUGAGGGGAGUGUUCAAAGUGAGCCUGAGUAGGCGAGGUCGAGUGGUAACCAUUAACCGGAAGAGCCCGGGGCCGUGAUAUGUGAAAGUCAAGUUCUCUCAGAUUCAGCAGAUGAUCAUCUACGAGUUAGAGAGCACGUACAUUAUGUGUAG